AUUCCUCCAAUACGACAGGUAGAUAAGGAAUAGAAGGAGUUUGAAUCUUUUAAAGUGGCUCUGAUGGUGUCGCCUAAGCACGGUAGUGUUGUUUAAUGAGGUCAGUGAUGAUGAUAAGACCGAGGAGGAUGAUGAUGAUGGGCGGGCUGAAGGGCUGGAGGCGUUGCUCGUGCCCUCCUCCUCCUCCUCCUCCUGUAGGGCCAGCAGACAGUGUGAACUUGAAUACUGCACCGAACGACAGUCAAGUCACACAUCAUUGCUGUUUUAUGAGAUUUAUAGUGUCCGUUUAGUUCUGGUGUAGUUUUAGAGGAUCUUCUCUCACUAUGUCCAGACGAAAACUCGGCAGCAGACCGCAACACCUGAGCGCAAUGCAAGACGCUCCGGAUUCCUCAGUCAUCCCCGGCGUCUCCUUGCCGUCACCUGAGCGGAUGCCUCAGUCUGAAGAUGGAGGCCGUGACCUGUUGACAUGUGGCCAGUGUGGUCAGGCGUUCCCGCUGGCCCACAUCCUCACCUUCAUCCAGCACAAACAGGGUGGAUGCAGCACAGCCAGAGCCCAGCCUCAGGGCCACACCCCUCCCUCUCCGGCCAAUCGGACGCUGCAGUGCGGCCAAGGAACGCAGGUGGAGGCGGGAUACGUGGAGCUCCGGCGGAUGACGGACAGGAGAUGGAAGGAAGAGCCAGGUGUGAGGGUGGAGGCCAACCGAGCCGAAGAGCCCUCCAUUUUCACCUGCCAGGUGUGUCAGUGUAUGUUCUCCAGCGCAUGGACUCUCCUCCAGCAUGCUCAGAACGCACAUUCUCUCAGCAUCUACCAGGUGGAGGAUGACACCAUCACGCAGACAUCAAAACCGCCGGCCACGAUGGAUCCACGUCAUCUGGGUGCCGCACUGGCCUCUGCGUUCCAGCCGUCCUCCCAGAGAUCAGCCCGCCCUCACAAGCCUCCCCACAGCUCCACCCCUGCACCGCGCGACAUGCAGGGCCUGAACUUUUCCAUGUGUUUACAGCGCCUGGCGGAGGUCAGCUGCAGCAAUGGCGGAGUGGUACCUUCCCCAUCCCCGUCUCCACCAGCCGCUUCGCCUUUUCCCCACUCCACUCCAUCAAUUCACACAGCCUUCUCCUGCCAGCUCUGCGGCCAAGGCUUUCAGUCUCUGCGCAGCCUGUCCGCACACCGCCGCACUCACGCCUGCGAUAGGCCCUACCACUGUGGUCUGUGCCAGCUCACGUUCUCCCAGAGCGGCGAACUUGCACGACACAUGAGAAGCCACCGUCGUGCUGGACAGGAAACAUCUGAUCCCAGCCUUGCCAGUGCGGAUGAGGACAGAAAGCUUUCUGGACAGGGAGAUAAUGAUAUUUCCGGUGGUCAUGGAGCCAGCUUGGAAGCUGGAAAGCAUCCAGGAGGUACCAGCCUGAUCUUGAUAUCUUCUCAGUCCAGGGCUGCGGAUCGCAAUCUGCUGCGGUACUACCAGCCUCUGAGAGAAGCGGAAGAAGAGGGUCAAGGUGAUCCUCAACAUCCCUCUCCCUACGGCAGCCCCUCGGAGGGCUCUCUGGAGAGCGGAGAUACAGGUGGAAGUGGAGAGAGUGGGAUCGCCAGUGGGAACUGCACACCAAAGCGCCCCGAACGGGAAGAUCGUCCUCAAGGCGAAUGGGAGCAAGAGGUGGAGGCAGUGGAGAUAGUCCAGGACUGGCAGCAGGAAAACGAAAGGAGGCAGGUCACCAGCGGAGGAGGCAAGAAGAAAAAAGAAGAGGCUUGCGAAUUCUGCGGAAAGUGUUUCCGUAACAGCAGCAACCUUACGGUACACCGGCGCAGCCACACGGGCGAAAGGCCAUACCGCUGCGGACUCUGCAGCUACGCCUGCGCACAGAGUAGCAAGCUCACACGCCACAUGAAAACACAUGGUGCCCGCGGGACACGUGCCCCCUUUCAGUGUCAGCUUUGCUCUGUCCCAUUCACCGUCUAUGCCACGCUGGAGAAACACCUCAAGAAGGUCCACGGACUCACUCACGCCAGUGCCGGCGCCUACAGCCAGGGCUUGCUUGCCGAUUACAACGGCCUCAACAUCAAAAUGGAGGAUGACUCCAUAGGAGAUAAAUCAGGAGCUCCCAUCACAGAAUCUAAUGUGGAGCUCAAAGAGGAGGACGCUGAAAUGAGGGUCAGUGCUGAUGAGCCCCCUUCCUCUGAAGAAACAGGCAGUACUGCGGCUCUGGGUGAAACCGCAGUAUAAAUAUAGCAGCACUUCUGAACAUGACACACUCAUGACCAAAACCACCAAACGUGACGAUCUUCUGCCCACGACUCAGUUUGCGCAUCUUAUCAAAAAACCAAGAAGACCUUACCCUCCUUGACCUCAGUCACUCAAGGGAGUGAUGCUGGCACUGACCGAGACUUGAUAAAUUCUCAUAUCAGUACAAGUGCCUACUGUUAAAUCCUGACAUGCAAUAUUGAAAGACUUCUGAACUCUUAGGCCCAAUCACCGUUGUCAAGGCACAUGGAACCCAGAACAUUACGUAGAGCAUAGUCAGAGUAUACGGAGAUGGUUACAAAUCAUUUGAGCCUUUUGUUGAGCCCAAAAGACAAUCGGACAGUAGGCAAAUCUGUCAAUGUGAUUUUGCAAUUCUGAAGUGGACACCUUGGGUUUACACUGUUGUGGCACUCUACCACAGAGCCUUAAAGGUUCAUGGUUCAAAAAAAUCUGUGUGUGACAAAAAAGGGAAUGGUCUACAUCAGGGAUGUCCAAUCCUGCUCUUGGAGGGCCAGUGUCCUGCAGAGUUUGGCUCCAAUUUUAAAGGGUUAGUUCACCCAAAAAUGAAAUUUGUCAUUAAUUACUCACCCUCAUGUUGUUCC